GGCACAAAACGCAUGACGAACUUCUUUGUGAAAGAGUUGGCGUGCGGUCGCGUCGGCUCAAGCUACUCAAGAAAGUUUGAAGGAUUGCUGAGGCGGAGAAUUUCACAUAGGUGCAGUAAAAUGCAAUUAUGUUUGAAAAUGCUCAUGGCCUCUUUGAGUUUUGUAGUCGUCAUGUCCCAAGACAGCGAUCCGCCUGUUGUUUCAUCAAUGGACGCAGUGAUAGAAAAGUGUGAACCAGCUACGGAUUACAAAUUUUUCAUCUGGAGACGUAUCUACCAGCCAUGUCAAUAUCUUUGUGCCGGAGGUUUCAUUGUAUUCGAGAACGAAGAUGAUGGAACAGCGUGCUCGACCCUGUCAGUGCCUAACGGAGAGUGCCUAAAUGGCAAGUGCGUCGGCGCAAACAAGACGCCUGAUGCGCCGGGCGUUCCCUCUACAACUGUUUUUGUUGAGGACGCAGUGACAACUUCAGGGAGCUCUAUCGCUGAAAUUCAAACAGCUGGGAGCACAGGUCCCGAUGACACACGCGGUCAGGAGGAAACAGAAGCAACGGAAUUCGCAGCACUGACGUCUACCACGAGUGGCACAACAGAUGAACAUGCAAAUGCUGCUGGUGAAGAAGCCCAAGUGGAUGAAUAUUAUUCAGCAGCACCUUAAAAGUGCAGUUUAAAGCUACAGAUGCGUGUUAGGUAGGUUGCAGAUAAUUUGUAUAGAAAUUCGUGGAAGCUAUUGAUUUAGGGAGCCAGCAGCAGCACAACGCAUAAUAUGGAAGGCUGCCUCUCCACCUCAUUUAACGAAGCUGCGAAGUGUAAGUUAGCGUUUGUAAGUUAGCGUUUGUAUGUAUUGUAAGUUUUGAACCCACUAGCGCAUAAUUAGAUCAUAAAGGUUAGGACCAAUUGUUGAUUUAGAUUAAACAUCUUUUUUGAUAUCGCAUGGUUUAUUCGUCACUGCUCAUAUACACAACAAUAAGACAAUACGGGCAAGUACUUUUUUUUAUUAUAAAAGGCACCAUGUCAUUGCCAAGUAUUGCAAAACUUUUGUAACUGAUUUAUUAAAUUUGUAGCUCAAGAUAUCCUUAAUAUUGAGUCAAACAAGAAAAAACGUGCCCUUCAAUGUACACGUAACUGAUUAAAGUUGUAUACAGCCGUA